CACUGCACCCCAAUACAACUACACUACACUGCACCCCAACACAACUACACUACACUGCACCCCAACACAACUAGUACCUUCAACUUUAUCCAUCCAAGCAGAGCCAACAUCCUCUACACUGCACCUGCACUUACCUAAUCCCCUCUCCCCACAACACAAGCAGUGUCUUUUACACGGCACCCCAACACAACUAGAACCUACUACUCUGAGCCUCCUAGUAGAGCCACCACCCUUUACACUCUAACUCCAACAUACCUACCCCCUUCUCCUCGGCAACUCAACACAAGUUUUGUCUUCUACAUUGAACCCUGACAUACCAAUCCCCUUCUCCACCAUAACCCAACCCAAGUAGUGUCUUUACACCACAUUCUGACUUACCUCGCCCCUUCUCCCCAUAACCCCACACAAGCGUUGUCUUCUACACUGCACCCAACUAAUACCUUCUACUUUAACCCUACACUGCACCCUGACUUACCUAACCCCUUCCCCCACGGCAACACAACACCAAUGGUGUCUUCUAUACUGCACCCUGACAUACCUAACCCCUUCUCCACGGCAACCCAACACAAGCUUUAUCUUUUACAUUGAACCCUGACAUACCAUUCCUUUUCUCCACCAUAACCCAACCCAAGUAGUGUGUUUGCACUGCACCCUGACUUACCUCGCCUCUUCGCCACAGCAACCAAAACACAAGUUGUGUCUUCUACACUGCACCCAACUAAUAUCUUCUACUUUAACCCUACACUGCACCCAACUAAUACCUUCUACUUUAACCCUUCACUGCACCCUGACUUGCCUAACUCCUUCCCCCGCGGCAACUCGACACCAAUGGUGUCUUCCUUAUUGCACUCUGACUUACCUAACCCCUUCUCCACGGCAACCCAACAGAAGUGGUGGUUUCUACACUGUGCCCUGACAUACCAAACCCCUUCUCCACCACAACCUGAUACAAAUGUCUACUACGCCGCACCCUAACUUAUCUAGACCCCUUUCCACAGCAACCCAACACAAGUGUUGUCUUCUACACUCCAUACCGAGUUCCCCAACCUCUUCUCCAUAACCCAACACAAGUGUUGUCUUCUACACUCCAUACCGAGUUCCCCAACCUCUUCUCCAUAACCCAACACAAGUGUUGUCUUCUACACUCCAUACCGAGUUCCCCAACCUCUUCUCCAUAACCCAACACAAGUGUUGUCUUCUACACUCCAUACCGAGUUCCCCAACCUCUUCUCCAUAACCCAACACAAGUGUUGUCUUCUACACCCCAUACCGAGUUCCCCAACCUCUUCUCCAUAACCCAACACAAGUGUUGUCUUCUUCACUCCAUACCGAGUUCCCCAACCUCUUCUCCAUAACCCAACACAAGUGUUGUCUUCUACACUCCAUACCGAGUUCCCCAACCUCUUCUCCAUAACCCAACACAAGUGUUGUCUUCUACACUCCAUACCGAGUUCCCCAACCUCUUCUCCAUAACCCAACACAAGUGGUGUUUUCAACACUAAUAUUACUAGUAUCUUCUACACCGUAACCCAACAUAGCCAGUGCCUUCUACACAGCAUCCUAACAUAACUAAUACCUUCAACACUGCACCCCAACAAAACUGGUUCCUUCUACAUUGCACCCCAACAAAACUGGUUCCUUCUACAUUGCACCCCAACAAAACUGGUUCCUUCUACAUUGCACCCCAACAAAACUGGUUCCUUCUACAUUGCACCCCAACAAAACUGGUUCCUUCUACAUUGCACCCUAAUAUAACUUAUACCUUUUAAACUUCAUCUCAGCAAAACAAGUCUUUCUGCACUUCACCUUAACAUCCUACACCCGGACUUAACUAGGUGUCUCCGAUACUGCAUGGCAACUCAGCUUAAACCCUCCACCCUGUACCCCAAUACUGCCAGGCUGCUCCAACACCGAUAUGCACCCCCCCCAAGACCACAAAUGCCUCUGAACUGAAAUUAAAUUUACAAUACUGCCCCUCAACCUAACAAUUACAAUUUGUGUCCUCAGUAUUACAUACCAACUUACGUAGUGCCCCCAGCAUUACAUCCCUGUCUAAGUAUUGACCCUAGCAGUGCACCUCAAUCUAAACAGUGUCCCUAGCACUUCAAUGGAACCUAAGUAGUGCCCCCCAGCAGCCAGCACUGCUCCCCAUCCUAAGUAGUACCUCCCAGCACUGCUCCCCAUCCUAAGUAGUGCCUCCCAGCACUGCUCCCCAUCCUAAGUAGUGCCCCCCAGCACUGCUCCCCAUCCUAAGUAGUGUCCCCAGCACUGCUCCCCAGCCUAGUGCCCCCAGCCCUGCCACCCAACCCAAAUAGUGCCUCCAGCACUGCAUCUCUAUCUAACUAGUGUCCCUAGCAUUGCACCCCAACCUAAGUGGUAUCCCCGGCACUGCCCCCCAAAAUAACCAUAACCAAAAUAACCAUAACCAAUAACACUGCACCAUAACCCUACUAGGUUCUUUUACAUUGGAACCCAGAAACGAUUUAUAUUCCUCCCAAAACAGCCAUUCUUCCAUCUCCUAAUUACUAUUUCCAUUCUAAAUCUUCUGUCUUAAUGCAACAUGUUCCCCAAAUUAGGAGGCCCCAACAUUGUGUCCCCCGAACAUUCCAAUGUUCUCUCUUCCCCGUCUCCACCCCGAGACAAUAUCUGCUUUUGCUUCGCUGCUUUCAAUGCCGCCCUUAAUUCCGAAGUCAUAAUAAUGGGCUUUAGAAGAUUUCCUUCCCCUCCAUCUAAUUAUCCAGUACCCGUGUCCAACUAGAAGUCGCUUGGUACCCCCGAAAAGUGUGACCUUUACCCCAAGACCAGUUGUCUUUCUGCACGGCACCCCAAGAUAACUAGUUCUCUCUGCACCCCAAGAUAAGAGGUGCUGUCUAUACGACUUACACACCCACAUAAGUGCCCCAGGCCCCGUUGCAUUUUGCCAGCUCCUUGUUUUUCUCGCUUUUGAUUUUUCGCCUCAAGGUCCCCAACUUUCCUUCUGACAACCGGCAUCUGCUUGUGAACAGUCAACGUCACUUGACAGAACACUCAGAACCUUCUGCCCCCAAUACUUCCCCAGCAUCCGCUCUGCAUCUCAUGACUAAUGGAUCAUCUGGAGAUGGCUCAAGACACGAGCACCCACCAUGAACCCAUCAGCUUCGGCAUUGAUCAGAUUCUGAACAGCCCUGAGCAGACUGUGGGGUUCCCCUAUUCCCGGACAGGGGAGCAGGAGCACCAGGGAUCCAGUGCUUACUGCACCAUGUACAGCCCCAGCAACUCUUCCUACAGCCUCAACAUGAGGAUGGACGUUAGCAUGAACGUCAAUGUGCGACCGGCGGGAGUCAUAAGAGUGCCAGCUCACAGGCCACUUCCACAGGUGGGACCCAGCCAGGGGGCUUCACCAUUGUCCGGUAUUGGGGGGAUGAGCGGCCUAACGGGACUCACCUUCCCCUGGAUGGAGAGCAGCAGAAGGAUGGCAAAGAACCACAUCACAGCUACUCUUCCGCCAUUCUCAGUGUCUCGUCGGAUUGGACAUCCAUACCAGAACCGGACACCCCCAAAAAGGAAGAAACCUCGGACCUCCUUCAGCCGGCUCCAGAUCUGUGAGCUGGAGAAGAGAUUUCACCGGCAGAAAUAUCUGGCAUCAGCCGAAAGGGCUUCACUGGCGAAAUCUCUGCGCAUGAGUGACUCUCAGGUUAAGACGUGGUUCCAGAACCGGCGCACCAAGUGGAGACGUCAGACGGCCGAGGAGCGGGAAGCUGAGCGCCAACAGACCAAUCGUAUGAUGAUCCACCUCCAACAAGAAGCCUUCCAGAAGAGUCUACAGCAGCCCAUCCCCCGAGACCCCCUGUGCGCUCAUAAUACUUCACUCUGCGCCCUUCAGAACCUGCAACCCUGGGCCGAGGACACUCCCACCGCAUGACAUCAUCAGAGGAGACUGCUGGUGUAUGACAUCAUCACAGGACACUCCCACCGAAUGACAUCAUCACAGGACACUCCCACCGCAUGACAUCAUCAGAGGAGACUGCUGAUGUAUGACAUCAUCACAGGACACUCCCACCGCAUGACAUCAUCAGAGGAGACUGCCAGUGUAUGACAUCAUCACAGGACACUCCCACCGCAUGACAUCAUCACAGGAGACUACAGGUGUAUAUCAUCACAGGCCACUCCCAUCGCAUGACAUCAUCAGAGGAGACUGCUGAUGUAUGACAUCAUCACAGGACACUCCCACCGCAUGACAUCAUCAGAGGAGACUGCUGGUGUAUGACAUCAUCACAGGACACUCCCACCGCAUGACAUCAUCAGAGGAGACUGCUGGUUUAUGACAUCAUCACAGGACACUCCCACCGCAUGACAUCAUCACAGGAGACUACAGGUGUAUAUCAUCACAGGCCACUCCCACCGCAUGACAUCAUCAGAGGAGACUGCUGGUGUAUGUCAUCAUCACAGGACACUCCCACCGCAUGACAUCAUCAGAGGAGACUGCCAGUGUAUGUCAUCAUCACAGGACACUCCCACCACAUGACAUCAUCAGAGGAGACUGCUGGUGUAUGACAUCAUCACAGGACACUCCCACCGCAUGACAUCAUCACAGGAGACUACAGGUGUAUAUCAUCACAGGACACUCCCACCGCAUGACAUCAUCAGAGGAGACCGCCAGUGAAUGAUAUCAUCACAGGACACUCCCACCACAUGACAUCAUCAGAGGAGACUGCUGGUGUAUGACAUCAUCACAGGACACUCCCACCGCAUGACAUCAUCACAGGACACUCCCACCGCAUGACAUCAUCAGAGGAGACUGCUGAUGUAUGACAUCAUCACAGGACACUCCCACCGCAUGACAUCAUCAGAGGAGACUGCCAGUGUAUGACAUCAUCACAGGACACUCCCACCACAUGACAUCAGAGGAGGAGACUGACAGUUUAUGACAUCAUCAGAGGGGACUGCUAGUGAAUGAUAUCAUCACAGGACACUCCCACCACAUGACAUCAUCAGAGGAGACUGACAGUUUAUGACAUCAUCAGAGGGGGCUGCCUGUGUAUGACAUCAUCAGAGGAGGUCCCUAAUAUAUGACAUCAUCAGAGGAGGUCCCUAAUAUAUGACAUCAUCAGAGGAGGUCCCUAAUAUAUGACAUCAUCAGAGGAGGUCCCUAAUAUAUGACAUUAUCAGAGGAGGUCCCUAAUAUAUGACAUCAUCAGAGGAGGUCAUUGAUGUAUGAUGUCACCAGAGACUUCUAGAGUAUGACAUCAUAAGAGGAGGUCUUGCGAUGUUUUUAUAAACUCUUCCUCCCCCGGGAUAAGGGCGGAGUCAAUAGAAGGACAGAAGCUCCAUGGUGGAGGGGGCGGG